UCUACUCAUCCUCAGAUGGACACUAGAAGCAAUCCACCUCAAUGGUUCACCCAGUUUGCUGAUCUCAUGCGUCAACAACAAGAAGCGCAAAGCGCACAGCAGACGCAGAUGAUGACUCAGUUCGCCCAAAUGAUUACCACGAUCAAUUCGAGAGGAAACGACAGACGUACAGCUCCUCAGGUAACGCCUAGUCUAGCUCCUCAUAAUUCUGAUUCAAGUUCCAGCGCAUCCGGCCGCGAGAGUGGUACAGUGUUAGCCACGCUUCCCACGGCACAAGCGAUUACGCUUUUAGCGUCGCAGAUUCCAUCUUUCUCGGGCUCCGACGAGGAUAACGUCGAGUUAUGGGUGAAAAAAGUUGAGCGAGUUGCACACAUACACGGUGUCGCAGACGAAGUAAUUCUUCUUGCGGUCUCUGGAAAACUCACCAAAACGGCUCGUGAUUGGUUUGACUUAAACACAGGCACAAAUCAACGAAACCUGGCUCAGCUUCAAAAGAGCGAUUCAAGGAAGGUUCAAGAAAACUGUGCCGUAUCACGUGGCAAUGCAAAAGGCUGAAAGUCGUAAAUGGUUAUCCGGCAAAGAAUCAUUUCAUGAGUAUGCGAUGCAUAAACUUAAAUUGUUACAGAACCUUAAUCUUCCCGAGAAAGAAGCCAUCAAUUUUUUAAUAAAUGGAAUAACCAAUCCGGCGUUACGUGGCAUGGCCUUACUUCUGGGCGCAGGAUCAACGGAUAAAUUUUUGGAACUGAUGCAUGAGCUGAUAAUCACAUACGGUGAUGAAUACAAACGGUCGCCGCCUCCUACCAAGAAGUUUUUCAAGGAAAAAUCUAAUGGAUCAACCACGACAAUUGGAAAGUCUGCUGAAUUACCGAAGGAUGCUUUCUGCGUCUACUGUCGUACGAAGGGGCACAUGAGAGCUGACUGCUUUCGGCUGAAGAAGAAGGAGCAGGCCAAGCAGCCUUCAUCCAGUUCUUCAAAGACAGCGGUUGCGGUCGUCGAGGAUUCUGCUGCGGUCUCCGAGGACGCUCCGUCUUCCAGCUCAUCGGUUGCAUUGAUAAGUACACACAGGCAACCCUAAAGAAAUAGUUUCCGACAGAGGCACUGCCUUCACCUCUCAGGAGUUCGGCGAGUUCCUUCGUUCUAGGAACAUCAAACAACGAUUAGUUGCUGUCGCUGCUCCAUGGGCAAAUGGUUUUGGCCGAACGGGCGAACAAAUUUCUGAAAUCUUCUCUGAAGAAACUAGUUGAGGAAGGACAGGAUUGGAGUUCCUGCAUAGAUACUGUCCAGUAUGUUGUUAACAAUACGUUACAUUCUUCUCUGAAGGCUUCUCCUUCAAAAUUAUUACUUGGUUUUGACCAACGAAAUCAUGCUGACGCUUUAUUAGCUCAACGUCUCUCUGAUAUCGCCAAAUUUGAAUUUGAUGUUGAACAAGAAAGAGAAUCAAGUCUAAGGUUGGCAUUGGAAGUAGCUGAGAAAAUUAAAUGCUACAACAAGUCAAUUUACGAUAAAAGACAUAGAAAACCAACGGCAUACAAACCGGGCGAUUUGGUUUUGAUUAGAGACACGACUAUCAAACCGGGUGAAGACAAAAAGUUAAAGUCUAGCUAUAAAGGACCUUACAAGGUCACUAAGGUCUUGGAUAAAAACCGGUUUGUGGUUCAAGAUAUUCCCGGAUCAAACCUAACGUCUAGGUCAUAUAAUUCAAUUCUUUCUCCAGAUCGAUUAAAGUUAUGGAUUAAGCCGCCGAUAGAACCACUACCAGAAUCAGUUAAACAUUAAGUAGUUUUUGUUUGUGUUCAAUUUUGCGUCUUUUCUUUGCCGUUCUUGCGUAAAAUUCAACUUUUAAUUGUGGUAUUGUGAUUAAUUUUACACCGCUCUAGUGUAAUCUCAACAUUUAAUUUUGGUUUAUUUUAUUUUGGUUUCUUUUUCGGUUCUUGCUUUAGCAUUUUUAAAUUGGAUUCGCAUUUAAUAAUUUUUUCUUCGCAUCAAUUUUAAGGGUAUGCGGAAAAUUUUGCGUAAAGUUUAUAUUGGUUUGCGUUUAACCUGUGUAGAAAUAACCAAUUAGUCUUACGCAGAAUGUGAUAUGUACAGUUAUCUUGCGAUAAUGUCAUGAAAAAACUGCGAUAUUUUGCGUUAUUUCCUGCGUCGUUUCUUGCGUUAUUUUCUUGCGUUCAUUUUACAUGUAUACGUAGCAUCGUCAAUUGCGUUUUAUGCGUCGUUUGAUACGUUAUUCUCAUGCGUUAUUUUCAUGCGUUAUUUUCUUGCGUUAAUUUUACAUGUACGCGUCGUGACAUAAUUAAGGCUAUAUAAAAUGCGUAGCGAUUGUAAUAACCCUUUCAAAAGGAAUAUUUUUAAUGAUAAUCCGAGUCAAAGACAAAGUCAUAUAUUUAAAGUGUAGUUUGUGAUAUUAUACCAAAGAUCUGACUGUGAUUCGCAAAAAAAAAAAAAAAAAAAAAAAAAAUAUUGUGAUUAGUUUAAGACUGAAAUUAAUUAAGAUUUAGCAAAAUACUGUUAUGGUAUAAGUUAUUGUAAUGGUUUGUCAUUAUUAAUAAUUGUAAUAAUUUGUUAUUAUAGAAGUCGUUCGGGACGAACGAUAUUGUCAGGCUGGCCGAACUGUAAGAGAGAAUUCUAUAUUAUUUUCUUUCUUUAGUUGAAUGAGUCUCUCUCUUUCUAACAUUGUAUACU